AUGGCAUUUGCAAUUGAGGAUGCAGAACUGGAAGCUAUUAAAGUGAAGUUGUUCGAUUGCGCCAUGCAAAGUGAUUGGGAAGAAGUUGUAAGAAUAUGCGAGCAACACCCCAGUGCUCACAAGGCUAUCAUCCCUGCAUCGGGGGAGACAAUAUUGUAUAUGGCAGUCUCAGAUACGGAAGAAAAAAUAGUUGAAAAACUGGUUGGACAGAUUAGUCCGUCCGAGCUUGAUGCUUUGAAGAUUGGAAAUGAGGAGGGAGACACUCCUCUCCAUUUGGCUGCAUCAAUAGGAAAUGUUCAAAUGUGCAAGUGUAUCACUGAUAAGGAUCGGAAAUUGGUGGGUUUUCCCAACAGCAAAGCGGAAACACCGCUCUUCUUGGCAGCCCUCCGCGGUCAGAAAGAAACUUUUCUUUUCCUACAUGGAAUGUGUGAGAGCUCUGAACGCCGCAAUUACUGUCGGAGGGAUGAUGGCAGAAAUAUCCUUCACUGCGUUAUCGAUGGAGAAUACUUCGAUAUGGCAUUCCAAAUAAUUCAACAGUAUGGAGAUCUAGUUGACUCGGUUGACGAGAAUGGACUUACCCCUCUCCAUCUCCUGGCGAGUAAGCCCACUGCAUUCAGAAGUGGUACUCCCCUCAGCUGGUUCGAAAGAAUUAUCUAUCAUUGUGUGUAUGUUGAAGACCUCAAGGAAGAUGAGCUUCCACAACAAAGCCCACAGACUUCUACGAGAAAAAAGAUACCCGAGGGUCCUGAGAACUAUCAAACAUGCAUGUACUUCGGGGACAUGAUUAAAACAUCAGCAAUUACUAUAUUUGCACCAAACUGUCAGAAGGAUGGCGAUGCAGAGAACCCAAAACAAGGAACAAAAGUAACUUCCGAGCGUCGAGGUAUGUAUGUUGAAGACCCAAAGGAAGAUGAGCUUCACCAACAACGCCCACAAACUUCUAAGAGCAAACAGAUACUCCAGUGUCCUGAGAACUAUCAAACAUGUUUGAACUUUUGGAGCAUAAUUAAAACAUCAGCAACUAGUAUAUUUCCAUCAAAGUUUUGGAAGUGUGAAGAUGCAGAGAACCCAAGAGGAAGAAAAACAACUUCUAAGCAUCAAGAACGAAUGUGGCCACCAAAUUAUGAUAUCUGCUUCGAAUUCAUCAAGUUUGCAUACACAACAAUGUUGGUCUUCUUAGGAAUUGGAUUUGAGAAAAUAAAAAAAAUAAAAGAUAUGAAAAAGAAACAUUCAAUGGCUAUUCAGCUUGUAGAUGAACUACUCCAGCAUGGGUCAGAAACUACUAAUAAGAGAGAUAAAGGGUUGAAUGCAACACUCGAUUUAGGUACAGUAGUAGACUUGGACGUUGCAAUGGAAAUGGUUAACAUGAAUGUAACAUGGAUGGAAUAA